UGAGCCUCACGCUAUAUCAGCCGGGCUAAUAAUGUUGUAUACAAAAGACAAACGGUUUAUCACAUACUAACAGGACUUUGAAGAUCAACAUGCGUAGUGCACAGUCGAAAUUUUUCAGUAUGAUUUACAUGCACGACUUAAUCAGCAACUUACACACGUACCUUCUACUGAACGCAUGGAAUUCAAAAUAUUUUUAACUAGACAGAUGUUUCUAAACUAGCUGUUGUUUGGACCAUACAGUUCAAGGUUUUGAUGCGGCGGUGUUUACAAAAAAACCCAAAAAAACCCUACAUUAUGAGGCGAAAGAAACUGAAUUUUUGUCGGAAUGACAACAGUUUAUAAGAUCUUUUCUUGGAUAUAAUUAACAUAAUUUUCGAAUAUCUUGUGGGAAAAUAAUUCUUAACCCGGGAUAAAUAACAAAUUUUGUAGUUGCAAGUCACAUUAAUACACGGAUAUGUACUGAAUGAAAUUAAAAUGUGUCGAGUAAUAUUUUUUUUAUUUAUUUGAGACAUUUUGGGCUGAAAAUCUGUUUGUCUCAUGUGCCAGGUAGAAUAUCUAGAGCAGGGAAAUGGUUCAAAACCUUUAUCCUUAAAAUCAUCGAAAAAAGUAUUGUCGCCCCGACGGAUAGACACACGAAAGAAACCAUACCCUGUGCUAUCAACACGUGAAUACUCGAUGACUGACCAUUUCUCACAGGAGGUUUCACAAGAGCAAGCUGGUUCUGAUAGGAGCGAAUUUGCGUUUUCAAGUGGAUUGUCUCUUAGAUUACCGGUCACAACUGAUCAAGCGUCCAGGUCGAUUGUCGGUGGCCAUGAACAUGCAUUACACAAUGGUUACAGCGGGGAUCGCUUGAACGAAUAUAUUGAACAUGUUCACCAUGGGAGACAGGAAAAUGGAAGGCAUGUUGAAGAACUGAGAAAUGAUCGUACAAAUAUUUCUGCCAUUUCUACCCCAGCCAGACAUCCAGAUUAUGUAGAAUACAGUGAUAGGCUAAGAACAUACGCUAGGUGGACACACAGGAGACCUGAUCCGCCUUCAUUGGCCGGGGCUGGAUUCUUUUUUACAAAUGACGCAGACCUUGUGCGAUGUUACCAAUGUGGCAUCGGGCUGAAAGACUUCUGCGAAGAAGAUGAUCCUUUGAAGGAGCACGUGAGGCAUUCUGGGAAUUGUCCUUAUCUACAGCAGCAUCUAGGAGCAGCACAGCUGGCUGAGUUAAAGAGGCAACUUCAAACAGAAGAUCCAGAGUAUAACAGGCAAAUGCAAUGGAAUGCCCGGCACACGCUUGAUCCUACGACAACUAAUUAUCGACACCCUGAAUAUCAAACACUUCAGUCACGCUUGUCAUCAUUCAGGUCCUGGCCUCAACACAUGAUACAGACCCCACAGCAAUUAGCAGACGCCGGAUUGUUUUAUACAGGUUUCGAAGAUCGCGUGCGUUGUUUUGCCUGUGACGGCGGACUUCAGCGCUGGGACCCGGAUGAUGACCCCUGGACUGAGCAUUGUCGCUGGUUCCCAGCCUGCCCUUUUGCGAGACAACAGAAGGGUGAUGAAUAUAUAGCUGUGAUUCAAGCAGCAGUUGCUUAUGAAAAUCAGGGAAAUGGUACACAGUCGGGUGACCGAGGUCUGUCAGGUGCGAUGGAGCAAAUGGUACUUAGGGAACCAGAAUUCAGAGCUGCUUUGAAUGAACAUAGGGAAACAUGUGUAGAGAUGGGGUACCAGCUAGAGGAUUUCAAUGAAGCUGUACAGGAACUACGAAACAGAGGUACCAUAAAGCCAGCCAUUGAGGAAGUAAUUGACGCAAUCGAAGUUAUCAAAGCGAGGAGAAUUCAAGAAGAAGCGCUACAGGCCAUACAAAAUGAAACGCCAGCUGAAGAAAACCAACGUUUGAAGAAGUUUAUCAUUUGUAUGAAGUGCCGUAGGAAUAACGUCAAUAUUUUGUUCUUGCCAUGCACGCAUCACCGUAUGUGCAUGGAGUGUGCGGAUCCAUUGACUCGUUGCCCUGUCUGUGACAAAAUUAUACGACAAAAAAUACGGACAUACUUGGCGUGAAUCAUGAAGCAUAAGUGGGUUAAUGGUAAUAAAUCUAUCAAUAUAAGGAGCAUUCAAUCAUGCAGAAUCUGGUACUUUUUAGCUCCACUAUUCGGAGAGUAUGGGGGCUAUACUACUCGCCCCGGCCGGCGUGACCCUUCUUGGUUUAGGUUUUUGAACAACCUUUGUUUUUCUGUCAUAUCUUUGUUACUAUUGCUUAUGUCUUAAUGUAACUUCACAUAAACAUUGUCCAGAAUACAAACAAAAUAGGCGUAGGGGCUGAGCCCAUUAUACCCAAGGUCAAGGUCACCAAGCUGUUAUACUUAGAUUAUUUUUAAGGUUAAAGUAUUUCGGCAACCUUUGUUUUUCUGUCAUAUCUUUGUUACUAUUUCUUAUAUCUUACUGUAACUUCAUAUAACCAUUGUCCAGUUUACAGACAAAGUAUGUGUAGGGGCUGAGCCCAUUAUACCCAAGGUCAAGGUCACCAAGCUGUUAUACUUAGGUUAUUUUUAAGGUUAAAGUUUUUCGGCAACCUUUGUUUUUCUGUCAUAUCUUUGUUACUUUUGCUUAUAUCCUACUGUAACUUUACAUAAACAUUUUCCAACAUAUAAACAAAGAAUGUAUAGGGACUGGGCCCAUUAUACCCAAGGUCAAGGUCACCAAGGUCUUAUACUUGGGUUAUUUUUAAGGUUAAAGUUUUUUUCAACAACCUUUUUUUCUGUCAUAUCUUUGUUACUAUUGCUUAUAUCUUACUGUAACUUAAGCAUUGUCCAGUAUACAAACAAAGUAUGUACAGGGGCUGGGCCCAUUAUACCCAAGGUCAAGGUCACCAAGGUGUUAUACUUCGGUUAUUUUUAUGGUUUAAGUUUUUUGGCAACCUUUGUUUUUCUGUCAUAUCUUUGUUACUUUUGCUUAUAUUAUACUGUAAGUUCACAUAAACAUUGUCCAGCAUACAAACAAAGUUUGUGUAGGGGCUGGGCCCAUUAUACCCAAGGUCAAGGUCACCAAGGAGUUAUACUUAGAAUUAUUUUCAUGUUAAUAUUUUUCGAACGUUUCGUUUAUAGACAUAUCUUUGGUACUUUAAAAGAUAAUGACUUGAAAUUAAAAGUAUUUGUUUAUAAUCAUCUGCAUGUGUGGCUACAUACCCCAUAACUUUAAUUGUGUUUUUGAUAGAAUUAUGCCCCUUUUGUACUUAACCUUUUUUGCAAUCUUCGCUUUAUGGAUACUACUUUAAUGCAAUACUAGAUAAAGACUUGAAGCUUAAAAUGUAUCUUUAUCAUCAUCAUCUGCAUGUGUGGUAACAAUCCUCAUAACCCUGAAUUGUACUUUUGACCGAAUAAUGCCCCUUUUAUACUUAAUUUUUUUACAAACUUCGUUUUCUGGACAUAAAUUUGGUACUAUAUAAGAUAAUGACUUGAAACUCAAAAUAUAUCUUUAUCAUCAUUAUCUGCAUGUGUUGUAACAAUCCUAAUAACUCAAAUUUGUGUAUUUGAUGGAAUUAUGCCCCUUGGUUAUCUUCCUUUUAAAGUAGAGGUCUAUUAUUCAGACAUAUAUUCAUUUUACUGUCAAAUCCCCGAAUAGUGGAGCGCGCUGUCUUACGGACAGCUCUUGUUCCGGAUCUGUUAAAUAGGUUUUUCUGCAUUUCUUUAUUAAUGGCUUUUCCUUCAAGUAGGAAAAUAUGAUUUUGUAAUGCAGCGGUACUUUUAAGUUUUUAAUGUUCAAUUCAUUAUCAUGAGUUGAAAUGGUGGUUUACUCAGGUAGUGUUAAUUGUCUAGUAAUGGUAUUUUGUGGAUGCAGUGGUUUUAAUGUUGGGUUUACAUUGGUGUGUAUGUGUACCUGACAGUUAUAUGCUUAAAGACAUUAGUACGUCCUACAGUUUUCUGACUUUCCCGACUUUCAGUCCAGGUAACUAAAUGAGGCCAUGAUUGACUCCACAAUUUGAACACAGUCGAAAAAAUGACAUACUCUUUGUUAGGUAUUAACUUGUCAUUGUUUAUUCAAAAAGAAGAAAUUAAUCCAAGAAAUAUUAUAGUUGUCGAACUAAAUAAAUAAUGGCCCCAAGAAAUAUUAUAGUUGUCGAACUAUGAAAUUAUUUUGUAAAUAACGCAUUAUACCUUCUUGUAUUAGAAAAUGGAAAAAAGCAUGUGUAGUUACAACAGUAGAAUUUCAAAAGUCUAUAUCAAUAAGUUAAACUUUAAGUGGUGAUGUACUGUACUGACGGUUAUGCUGAAGAAGUAAAUUCCUGUAAUUGGGGUUCGCUGAAGUUAAGACGUGAUGUUAUGAUUGUAAAUAAUUGAAAGGAUGUGAUGAAGUCGGGACAUGACAUAAUGAUGACAAACUAGUAAAAUGGUGUAAAUUUGAAGUGACGAGCUGAAGUGAUUGGGUGAAGGGAUGUUAGGCUGAUGUGCCGUAAUGAUUGGAAAUGAGACAGAGGAGUGUUGUAAAAGUGCUGUGUUGAAGUAGUGUUGUGUUGCAAUCAUGAUAUCCUGCUAUCAUGGUGCUAUCAUACAAAAAUGUGUGUACUAAAGUGAUUGUGUGAGGGGAUAUCUUUGUACUGCAAUGAUGGUAAAAUUACAGAAGUGGCGUUGAAGUAGUGCUAUGGUGUGAUGGUGUAUAGCUAACUUGCCGGUGGUAUGCUGAAGUGGUCCUGAGAAGAUAUAUUGGUGUGGUGCAGUUAUGAUGGUGAGAUGAUACAGAGGUGUGCUGGAAGUAGUGAUGUGUUGACCAUAUUAUUCACUGAUAUGAUAGAAAGCUAAAGUGUUGGCGUGUUGUAUUGAUGGUGAGAUGAUACAGAUGAGCGCUGGAAGAAGUGAUGUGUUGUUCAGAUAGUAUGCUGAAAUACUAGAAUGCUAAAGUGUUUGUUUUCUUGAUGAUGGCAUGAUGGGAUGAUACAGAGGUGUGCUGGAAGCAGUGAUGUAUUGUUCAGAUUGUUUGCUGAUAUGAUAGAAAGCUAAAGUGUUUGCGUGUUGUGUUGCUGGUGAGAUGAUACAGAGGAGCGCUGGGAGUAGUGAUGUGUUGUUCAGAUAGUAUGCUGAAAUGUUAGAAUGCUAAAGUGUUUGUUGUAUUGAUGAUGGCAUGAUAGGAUGAUACAGAGGUGUGCUGAAAGCAGUGGUGUGUUGUUCAGAUUGUUUGCUGAUAUGAUAUAAAGCUAAAGUGUUGGCGUGUUGUGCUGAUGGUGAGAUGACACAGCUAGAGGAGCGCUGGGAGCAGUGAUAUGUUGUUCAGAUAGUACGCUGAAAUACUAGAAUGCUAAAGAGUUUUAGUGAUAAUGAGAUGAUGGGAUGAUGCAGAGGUGUGCUUGUGUUUCGAAAUGUUGUUGUGUCUUGCUAUCGGAUGGUUUCAUAGCCACAAGUAGCAGUAAACGAAGAAAUCCGUUUUAUUAUACGAUAGAAGUUAGCAAAUGUUAAAACUGACAGUUCUACAGAAAAGCCAUGAAAAGUGUAAACAUUACACAAAAGAUGAAUAAUGAAAAAUUUAAUUAUUGGAAAUUUAUGUUAUAUGAAUGAGGACGAAUCAAAGAUUGAUACGACCCUACAACAACAAGAUUAAGGUCGCCACGUUCUGUUAAUAACAAUUCGAUUCAAGUGCAUGCCAGUUUAUUUACCACAGGUUAGUGUAACCGCUUUAUUGUGAUGCUAAAUGCAAAGGAAACAUUCAUGACAGCGGUUCCAGACCGUGUGAUAAAUGUGAAUAAUCGACGGUGGUACAGUCAAGAGCACAGAAGAAUUAAUAUCUAUAGAAAAUGAAACAACAAUUCAAGGACGGCGCAGUCGCUGCUGACAAAAGCAAGCCGUAAGUGCAUGAUUCACACUUGCACCUUGUGACCUUUACUUGCAACAUUACUAUUAUUAUAGUUGUCUUGUGAUUUACAGUACGCUAAUGAGUCGAAGUGUUUGGGAGCGAAGUUUAAAUAGUAAUUAUGGGAAGUGAAAAAUUCCUUGCAAUUAUACUGUGUCCUAUUUUAACAAAACUGACUUAGGUUUUUUAGCUCACAUGUACGUUGUGAUCGCCUUUUGUCUUUUGCCUUUCCGUUUCCAUAGGUCCAUACUUUGUAAACCACUACCUCUCUGAAAGACGUUUCGAUUUCGGGAAAAAACUUAUUACAAGAGACUCAGGCCUGAUGGUUCGGAAAUGAAAUAUUUUGGAAUGAUUUGCAAUUUUCUCACAUUUCGAUUGCCAUGGCAGCAUGUUUGCCUAACUGAAAUAUUCGUCUCUGAAACUGCCUGGCAAAAUUGAAUAUAAUAAUUCAGAAAUACCCAUAAGGACGAUGCAUUUCAAAACUUUAAUAAAAGAUUGUAUUUAUUGUAUUCAUGAAUGCAUAAACGCAUGGGUAACAUUUGUUCACUAUUUAGAAAAAAUGUCACCAGCAGUUCUUUCAAGUCAAAUUCAGAACCACCACAGGAUCAAUGUUUCACAGGCUGUAAUAAACAGAAAACUUCAAAAUCACAUUAUUGAAACAGCAGCCCAGAUCUCCUUCAUAUUUGGAAUUAAGUAUCUUUAAAUAAAGUUCUUUCGCGUAUUUGAAUCACGACAUUGGUUCCUUUUUUUGCCUAACACAAUAGGCAGGCAGUUUUCAUUUUGAAAAUUUCAGCAGUUUUCUGCUUUUACCGUAGAGCAAAAGCUAGUCUUCUUUAAUGUGAAAAAUCAUGAUUAUCACUGGGGUUUUGUUAUUUUAAACAAAUUAAGAAAUGACUUCAUCAUUGUUCAAUUAAGCUUCUCCACAAAUUGUCAGCACAUUUGAUCAAAAGUAAGCGUAUAUAAGUCCUGCUUUCGUUUGCUCAUGUCAUAGUUAUAGGUGAGCGUCAUACAGGGCCUUUCGAUGAAUGUCUUUUUUUUAAUAUUCGUGUUCCUUUUUCCAUAUCGUUGUACAUUAAGACUUAAAAUUGAAAUUGUUUAUUGCAUGGAUUAUGACCCUUGGUCAAAUAUGUUUUAAGAUACGUUCGACACAAAUUAUAUGUUCUUUUAUGCAUAUUUUGACUAAGUCAAGGACCAUAACUCUAGUCUGGCUGAAUGAAAUCUCUACCAGAAACCCAGAUGCAAAAGUUCAGUUGCGACUGUUUCAUAAUCUUUGGUCAAAUACAUUCUGAGAUACGUGCGACACAAACUUGUAGGCACGUUCAUGCAUAUUUUUGACUAGUCAAGGACCGUCUGGCUAUGUGAGAUCCCAAUUAAAAUACCAGGUGAACAACUUCGCUUGCUGAAUUCUUUGAGGUUUGAUGACUCUGGGUCAAAUACUGUAUGAGGUAUGCACGAUUCAAAUACGGACGGAAAGACGGACGGACAAGAGCAAUACAAAACUAUUCAAUAUACAUUAUAUCUCUGAUAUAUGAAAGUGACUUGACGCCAAGCAUGACUCGCAAUGUUUCUGAUGUACAGACAAGUUUUAUGAAAUUCUUGUCAGUAUAACUGAAAACUCAGUUUCACUGUACCACAGUAUUAUGUAUAAACUGUAAUAAUUUCUAAAGUUUUUAGAUAAUGUAUGAUAUUAAUAUUAUUGUAUUUAAUGGUGUAUAUCAAUCAAUGUUUUAUGUUUGUCUGUCCGUUUUAUUCCACAAUGCGCUCAUGUGUUUCAAUAACUCAUAUUUACAUAUUCCUUAAAUAUUUGUAAUAAUUCAGGGUGUUUGUAGAUAAUAAAUGAUAAUAAACGUAAA